UUGUAUCGCACAUAAAUUGACAUAAAUAUAACAGGAAAAAUGGCGGGUAUCAUAAAAGCAGUGGUAGACUGCGAUAUUUUAACAUCAAUUUUGAAAAAACGUAAAUGUAUAAUCCCGAAUAUAACAACAUUAAUAAGGCAUCAGUGUACGGCUACACAGAAUUAUGAAAAAUAUGAUAUUGCUAUUUGUGGGGGUGGUAUGGUUGGAACAACGCUUGCAUGUGCAUUAGCAAAUAAUAGAAGACUCGAAAAUAAGAGAGUCCUCUUAUUAGAAGGUGGUAAAAAGUUUGAAUACAAAUUUCCAGAAAAAUACUCUAAUCGCGUAGUUGCUUUAAAUCAACAAACACGUACUUUACUUUCAAGCAUAGGAGCUUGGCAACAUAUAGAAGCAACACGAUAUUGUGCAGUACGGAAAAUGCAGGUAUGGGAUGCUUGUUCCGAUGCUAUGAUUGUAUUCAAUGAAGAUUAUUUAGCUGAAGAAAUUGCUUAUAUAGUUGAAAAUGACUUAUUAUUACAUGGAGUAAAUAAGCAAUUAACAGAAAAGGAAAAUGUGAAUGUAGUUUAUGACUCUAAAGUUGAAAGCAUCAAAUUACCUGUAAAUGAAGGAGAUAAUGCAGAAAUACAAUUACAAAAUGGAAAAACAUAUAAAACAAAGUUAUUGAUUGGAGCAGAUGGUGUAAAUUCAUUGGUACGAACAGUAAUGGGUGUACAAUAUUUGAAAUGGGAUUACAAUCAAAUGGCUAUAGUUGCAACUCUUAAACUAUCAGAGUCUACAGAAAAUAUUGUUGCAUGGCAAAGAUUUUUACCAACUGGUCCAAUAGCCUUACUUCCAUUAACAGAUAGCCUCAGUUCUCUCGUAUGGUCACUACCAACAGAUGAAGCAAAAAAGCUAUUAAAAGUUUCUGAAGAAGAAUUUGUUGAUAGUAUAAAUAGUGCUUUGUGGAAAGUCUAUCCAAAAGAUGGCAUAGUCGAAAGUGGUUUGCGCGCACUUCAACAAUUACUUGACGGAUUAUCUUUACAAACUGGUGUAACAAGGCAGUUACAACCAUCAAUAUCAGAUAUCAUAGAAGGAUCACGCGCCGCUUUCCCAUUACACUUUGGUCACUCUGUAUCUUAUGUACAGACAGGAACUGUUUUAGUAGGAGAUGCAGCACAUAGAGUUCAUCCAUUAGCUGGUCAAGGAGUAAAUUUAGGGUUUGGAGAUGUGACACUGUUGGUCCAACUUCUUGCAGAAGCUGUUAUAAAUGGAGCUCCUUUGGGAGAUAUAAACUAUUUAAGGAAAUAUGAAACAUUGCGACAACGCUAUAAUGUCCCAGUAAUGUUGACUAUUGAUGCAUUACAUCGGUUAUAUAAAGGAACAGCAGCUCCUAUUGUACUAGUUAGAAGUUUGGGAUUACAAUUAACAAAUGCUAUUCCAGCAUUAAAGAAAGCUAUAAUAGGACAUGCAUCUGGUCAAGCAGCACAUUGAUGCUGUUAAUCAUUAAUGUAAAUAUAUUUGUAAUACAAAUAGUAUAUAAGUACUAAACAUUUCUGA